CAUGGUCGGACAGGUUCGGCCAAGAUGAGACACGAUCGUAAAACAAGUUUGAAUAAAGAACAAAAAUGAAACCGUUGAGCUGUUGUGUUAUUGUUUUGGGACUGUUCGAUUUUUUUGUAACUGGCCAGUCUCCUUGCCCGGGUAUAUUUGAUUACCAAAACGAUGGUGGUGUUGUGUAUGGGAUAAUCAGGGUGCCUUCCAAUGGACCAGUGUCAUCUGUGACGACGAGAGCGAACUUCACUAUAGCGGCGCGACUUCCUUCUACAUACGUAGGAAAAUUGGAGCCAAUUGGUGGCGAUCAAAUAUUGCAAAAUUACAACCGUGGCAACCCCCUCACGUACAGGGUUCACUUCCCGGUGACGUCUCCACUUCCACGACUCACUGCACUCCAAGUCAACGAGAACGUAGUGUGUUAUGGCCCAGGAGAUGUGGUUAUACCCAACCGGUACGUCAGCACAAUCAGUCUCCAGCACAUAAUAUUCCUAAGACCUGGAAACUAUCCAUUCGAAAAUGAUCUCGGUUCGAAACCAAACUCAGUGUAUGACUAUCCUGGUAAUGCCGGUCCUGAAGGGAUAUUCACAUUUGAUGAUAACGUCGACCCUCCAGGAUCUUGGAUAUCUGUCAUUCGACCAAAUAAUACAAGACCACAAUAUGAUCUGCCACAAACUCCUCCGCUACAAUUUGACCAGACUCCACAAUUAGAGUAUGAACAAACACCAAAUCCGCCACGACCACAAUUUGAGCCAAAGCCAAAGCCCCCGCGACCACAAUUUGAGCAAACGCCAACGCCCCCUCGACCACAGUUUGAGCAGACUCCCGCAACACCAGAAUAUGAGCAGCCGCUGCCACCACGACAAUUUAUACAACCUCUACCGGUAGCCCGCCCUCCACAGCCAGACAUAUCUUCAAGACCUGACUCGAGGCCAUCAUUUACACAGGUGGAAUGUGGAAGAAUUGCUGGCGGCAAUGAGCGUGUGCCACUUAUAUUCAAUGGGCAAAGCUACACCCGAGGCGACUGGCCCUGGCUCGUCGCUAUAUACCGGAGGAAGGAUGGAAGCCUCACGUUCAUUUGCUCGGGAACUUUGGUGUCUGAUCGUCAUGUUAUUUCUGCCGCUCAUUGUAUGCACCAAAAGAGUAGCUACACUUCCAUCAAAGAUAUCGUAAUCAAAAUAGGCGUGUACAAUUUGGAGGACUGGGGAGACGAUGCCUAUGUCACCAGGACCCUUGAGGCUGCUUACAUUCACGAGGCCUAUAACGUCUCGACUCUAGCCAAUGACAUAUCAGUGUUCACGUUUGAUAAAACCGUGGAAUUCUCAACAUUCAUCAGACCGGCAUGCCUGUGGAAUGGCAAUACAGAUCUUAGUCGGAUCGUUGGCGCUUCAGGUGUUGUUGCCGGUUGGGGAAGAAAUGAACUAGGUCCAGGUGGUCGCGGCGAGCCUCGCAUGGUGAGAAUACCGGUAGUGAGCACCGCCAAUUGCCGCGCCAGUAAACCAGAUUUCCAUAAACUUACUUCAGCGAACACUUUAUGCGCAGGUGACCGUAACGGUGCUGGUCCGUGCCUCGGCGACUCCGGCAGCGGCCUCUACAUCCUGGAUAGCGGUCGAUGGAGGAUCCGAGGCGUGGUCUCAUUAUCUCUGAGACCAGAAAAUGGCGACAGCACUUGUAACCUCAACGAAUACAUUGUCUUCACCGACGCCGCUCAAUACCUCAAGUGGAUAAAAGACGUCAUGUCAAGAUAAUGCCAUAUUUCUACUAGUAUUAUUCGUUUCAAUAAAUCGAACUUAAGAAACCCUCCCUGCUGUGAAACGCCAUAUUUAAUUUUGUGAUUUUAUAUUGACAUUACUUUUUUUAAUAAUAUAUUACACUAAUGUGCCUUUUAAAAUUGUAUUCUAUUUACGCAGAUUUUUUCCAAUAUAAAGUGUAUCAUAGCCUAUGUAAUCGUUGUUUACAGUGGUUUUAGAAUGAUAUUAUACUUCUGAGGUUUAUUUUUAAAAUUUACUUUGUUAUCUGUAUGUACACACUACUAGAUUAAUUAGGUAGAUAGACAAUAAUAAAAAUAUAAGUUCGAUUUUUUUUAGUAUAUUGAUAUAUAUUCAACAUUUUUUGACGAUACGAAGAAGUGGUUACACCUCUUAUACCCCCCAAUUAUGACAGGGUAAUACAAACUUAUUUCUAGUUUUACUUAUCCCACAAAUAGUUUUAUGACAAUAAAAAAUAUUUUGUUUUUUAUAAUAAACAAUAUAUAAGCGUGAAGAAAUCACAUAAAGCUUACCUCUAAAAUUGUAGUUCAUCUAUAACUUAGCUAUUUUUAUAUAAAUAUUAUGUACAUGUAAUUAUUUAAAUCAUACAUAGGAUUAAAUUAUAUAGUACCAUAUACCGAUGAAUUAUUGUCUGAA